AAACAAAUAAUAAACCCUAAUUCAAAAUUCAAAACCAAAGUCCAAAUCACAAAAAGACAGUCACUUCUUUUUUUUCCUUACAAUUCCAGACCAAGGAGAAAGGAAUAUUUUUCUCUGUCUCAUCUCUGAAAAACAAAAACCCCCAAAAUUUCUAAACAGAAAUUAUUACCAAACCUUUGUAAGAACCAAUCAAAUCACAUCAAAACCAAAUUUCAGUUACCCCCACCAUCAAGAAGAUAACUUAAAUUAAUCAAAUUUCUUCAACUUUGAUCAUCUCGAAAGAUCAGAUUUCCAGAACAGAGGGAGGAAGAAGAAGAAGAACUAGGAGAGUAGCUGCAAAUGAGUUGAUUGAAUUAGAGAGGUGCGAAUUUGAUUGAAUUUGAUAGGGAGGAGAAAUGGGUUUAAGGAAAGUGGGAAAGUAUGAAGUAGGUAGAACAAUUGGAGAAGGAACAUUUGCAAAAGUGAAAUUUGCUCAAAAUACAGAGACUGGUGAAAGUGUUGCUAUGAAAGUUCUUGAUCGUUCUACUAUCAUCAGACACAAGAUGGUUGAUCAGAUCAAGAGGGAGAUAUCAAUUAUGAAGCUUGUUAGGCAUCCAUAUGUUGUUCGCCUCCAUGAGGUAUUAGCGAGUCGUGCAAAGAUAUACAUUAUACUGGAGUUCAUAACAGGUGGUGAAUUAUUCGAUAAGAUUGUUCACAGAGGGCGACUCAGUGAGACAGAAGCUAGGAGAUACUUCCAGCAACUUAUUGAUGGGGUGGAUUAUUGCCACAGUAAGGGGGUCUAUCAUCGAGAUUUGAAGCCAGAAAACCUUCUUCUUGACUCCCAAGGAAAUCUGAGGAUUUCAGAUUUUGGACUUAGUGCUUUGCCUGAAGAAGGUGUUAGCCUUCUGCGCACCACUUGUGGAACUCCUAAUUACGUUGCACCAGAGGUUCUGAGCCACAAAGGUUAUGUUGGUUCUGUAGCAGAUGUCUGGUCUUGUGGCGUCAUUCUUUACGUUUUGUUGGCAGGCUAUCUUCCAUUCGAUGAGCUUGAUCUUACCACCUUGUACAACAAGAUUGGGAAAGCAGAGUUUUCCUGUCCAUCUUGGUUUCCUGUUGGUGCAAAGUCCUUAAUAUAUAGAAUACUGGACCCAAAUCCUCAAACUCGCAUCCGAAUGGACGAUAUCAGGGAUGACGAGUGGUUUAAGAGGAGUUACGUUGCUGUUAGGCCUAUUGAAUAUGAGGAUGUUAACCUUGAUGAUGUAUAUGCUGCCUUUGAUGAUCCCGAGGCUAAAGCUGAACAGUGCGGAAAUGAAAACAUGGCACCCAUAACGCUAAACGCAUUUGACCUUAUCAUUCUUUCUCAAGGCCUGAACCUUGCAUCAAUCUUUGACCGUGGACAGGAUGCGAAACACCAGACACGCUUUCUUUCAACUAAACCAGCUAAAGUUGUUUUAUCAAGUAUGGAAGUUGUUGCACAGUCGAUGGGUUACAAGACCCACAUUCGUAAUUAUAAGAUGAGAAUGGAAGGUCUUUCAGCAAAUAAAACUGGACUCUUCUCUGUUAUUUUGGAGAUUUUUGAGGUCGCUCCUUCGUUCUUCAUGGUGGAUGUUCAGAAAGCAGCUGGCGAGACUGCCGAAUACCUUAAGUUCUACAAAAACUUCUGUAGCAAUCUCAACGAUAUCAUCUGGAAACCGCCAACGUCUGGAUCCACCAAGUCCUGGAUCAGUAGGAGUACAAAGAGCUGAUGGUCUACUCUACGAAUCCCUCAUAUGGUGUUCACAGUUACUUUGUAGAUUGAUUAUAGCUUAUUGAUCCCAUAGAAGGUCACUUGAGCAUUAUGACCUUGACAGUACCAAAUUGCUCGCGCAGCAAAUUUUUUUUUGAGUGUAUUUACCUAUUUGUAUUAACCAAUAUAUGAUAUACGAGUUUCCUUUUCUUUCAAAUUUUUAUGCUUGGGUGUGUCCGUAGUCUGGACCAUGUUACUUGAAUAUCUUCUCAGAUUAAUGAAUUCAAUGCAUGACAGUUUGCAUACA